ACGAAAGUGAUAGUAAUUUUUGGGCGGAUGCUCUGAUCUUGUUUUGCAUCAAGUGGAAAAGUUUAGCUCCGGGCUUCACAAGCUUCACUUCAGAUCAGACGCUGUCAGGGUCUUCUUGCUGCUCAGAAGAAUUUGCAGUGACUUUCAAAUUUGUGAAGGAAAGAGCACUGUCUUCUCAGUCUAAUAAUUCUUCCUGACUCUGCUCUGAACCAAAGGAUGGCUAUGUUUGAUGAUUUCGAUAUCAUAACUCUGGAGGACCUCGAAGAUAUUAAAGAAUCCAUAUCUACUCAGGAUGUCCCAACAGCAGUAAACACGAUCAAAGAAGUCCUUGAUAAACAGGAUCUUGUAGAACUUAACAUUGGUGUGACGGGGGAGUCCGGUUCUGGAAAAUCCACGUUUGUCAAUGCAUUCAGGGGUUUAGGGGAUGAAGAAGAGGACUCUGCUAAAACUGGCCCUGUAGAAACCACUAUAGAACCUGAAGCUUAUGUUCACCCAAAAUACCAAAAUGUGAAAGUGUGGGAUCUUCCUGGCAUUGGAACCCCAAACUUCAAAGCCGAUGAGUAUCUUAAACUGGUUGAGUUUGAACGCUAUGAUUUUUUCAUCAUCAUCGCUUCAGAUCGGUUCAGAGAAUGCCACAUUCAGCUGGCCACAGAGAUCGUGAGAAUGGGGAAAAGGUUUUAUUUUGUUCGUUCCAAGAUUGACUCAAGUAUUGUUGCUGAGAAGAGGAAGAAGAGCUUUGACCAGAAAAAGACACUGGAUACCAUCCGAGAGGACUGUGAAAAAGGUCUAAGAACGAUUGGUAUAGAGGAUCCUGUUGUGUUCCUGAUCUCUAGCUUUGAGCUCGGCAACUAUGAUUUAAAUCUGCUGCAGGAUAGAAUGGAGCAAGAGCUUCCACAGCAUAAGAGACGUGUGCUGAUGUUGGCUUUGCCGAAUAUCACACUGGAGAUCAAUGAGAAAAAGAAGAAAGUUCUACAGGAAAACAUUGGAAAAGUUGCCUUACUGUCUGCUUUGGUGGCUACAGUCCCUCUUCCUGGUCUUUCAGUUGCUGUGGAUAUAGCCAUUGUUAAAAAGGAGAUAGAAAUGUACUACAGUACCUUUGGUCUAGAUGAUCCAUCCCUGCAGACGCUCUGUGAAAGAUCUGGGAAGACCAUUGAGGAAUUCAAAAGUCUAAUGAAGUCGCCACUGAUUGGUGGGAUAAACCCAGCUUCAAUAUUAUCCUUAGCGGGUGCUGCAGCCGUGGUUGUGGCUGAAAAUACAGUUGAGUAUGCUGUGAGUCUCAUACCCUUACUUGGUUCUGUGGUGGCAGGAGGAAUGUCCUAUAUGACAGUCUCAAAAAUGCUGAAGAGAGCUCUGAAUGACAUAGCAGAAGAUGCUAGAAGCGUGCUGAUGGCUUCAGUGCAGACUGAAGUGUAAACACAGAAUAUGACACAGAAGUUACAUGUAUUCAAGUAGCAGCUGCUUUUAUUCAAACUUGUAGCAAAUUUCUAUUAGUUAACUAAACAUGAUCUUGCAUGUUUUAUUUCUUUAACUGAAAUGUACUUUCCCUUUGGACAUAUAUAAUAUUUUAAAGCAUAUUAAAAUAGAAACCAUUAUUUUAUAUUGUAAUAACAUUUUGCAAGAUUACUGUUUUCUUCUGUAUUUUUGAUCAAAUAAAUGCAGUCUUGAUGAGCA